AACCUGAAAAACACACAUCACUCACUGCGUUCGGCUUUGUUGAGGUUUAAGCUGCUGAACCCUAAAACUGCUUCACUCACUCUUCUUCCUCUUUUGAACCCUAAAACCCCAAAAUUCCAAAAUCCCAAAUUCAAUCCCAAUGGGUAGCAAGAAAAGGAACAACGCCAUAGAUUCUCAAGAAAAAGAGCCUCUCAAUAAAAAAUCUAAGAACAACGAUGAUUCCACCGCUACACCAUCUUCAACCAAACCAACAAUGGAAAAUCAUAAGAAAAGCAAAGCUUUCGAUAAACAAAGACGCAGCGCUAAAUCCAAAUCUAAAUCCGAACUUCCAGCACCGGAUUCGGCUAUUUUGGUGGAUUCAACUAGCGGCGGCGGUAGUGGCGUUGAUUCGCUGCCGGAGUUUCAUAUUGGUGUGUUUAAGGAUUUAGCAGCGGUGAAUGAAUCGGUUAGGGAAGCUGCGGUGAAACAAAUGGUGAAUGAGUUGAAGGAAGUUCAGAAGGCUUAUGAGGGAGGUCAAGGGAUGGAGAUUGAUGGUGAUGGUGGUUUUAAGCUUGAAGCUGAGAAAAAUGAUGGGCUAGAUGAAUGUGCUCCUUCCGUCCGAUAUGCCUUUCGUAGGUUGAUUCGCGGUGUUUCUUCUUCAAGAGAGUGUGCGCGACAGGGUUUUGCUUUAGGUUUAACACUUUUAGCUGGUGCUAUCAGCAAAAUCAGGGUUGACUCGUUCCUUAAACUCGUAGUAGAUUUAUUGGAAGUAACUUCAUCAAUGAAGGGUCAGGAAGCAAAAGAUUGUCUUCUUGGCCGCCUAUUCGCAUAUGGUGCUUUGGCUCGAUCAGGAAGACUUAUCCAUGAAUGGAGCAUGGAUAAAAAUACUCCAUACAUCAAAGAAUUUGUCGGUAUACUUAUCUCCCUUGCAAAUAGGAAGCGGUACUUGCAAGAACCUGCCGUCUCAAUAAUUUUAUACUUGGUUGAAAAGUUGCCUGUUGAAGCAUUAGCGAAUCAUGUUAUUGAAGCUCCUGGACUGGACAAGUGGUUUGAAUCUGCUGCAGAAGUUGGAAAUCCUGAUGCUCUAUUCCUCGCUUUAAAAGUUCGAGAGAAAAUUUCUGCAGACAGUUCCAUAUAUGGCAAACUACUACCAAAUCCGUUUAGCUCUACCAAUUUUUUCUCCGCCGAUCACCUCUCCUUCCUGAGUAAUUGUUUGAAGGAAUCUACCUUCUGUCAGCCCCGUGUUCACAGUAUUUGGCCUGUUUUGAUAAAUAUUCUUAUACCCAAUACUGUUCCACAAUUGGAAGAUGCGGCAUCAGCUUCAAAUUCAUUAAAGAAACAUAAGAAGAGUAGAAAAUCUUGCUCUUCUGAUGAAGAAAUUGUGAAGAAUCUAAAGUCUUUUUGUGAAAUUAUUAUUGAAGGAUCCCUUCUCUUCUCAUCUCAUGACCGUAAACACUUAGCUUUCGAUGUUAUUUUUCUUCUUCUGCAAAAACUGUCUGCAUCUUUAGUUCCAGUUGUUCUGUCAAACAAAGUUGUUCAGUGCCUUAUGGAUAUACUAUCAACCAAAAACACAUGGCUAUAUAAAGUUGGCGAACAUUUUCUUAAACAAUUGUCAGAUUGGGUGGGCGACGAUGAUGUCAAAAGAGUUGCUGUUAUAGUGGCAAUACAGAAGCACAGCAAUGGAAAAUUUGAUUGUAUCACAAGGACAAAGACAAAGCUUGUUAAAGAUUUGAUGUCACAAUUCAAAACAGAACCCGGUUGCAUGCUUUUUAUUCAAAACUUGAUGAACCUGUUUGUGGAUGAAGAUAAUGCCUUGGAGGAACCUUCAGAUCAGAGUCAAACAACAGAUGAGAAUUCUGAAAUAGGCUCUAUUGAGGAUAAAGAAUCUCCUAGGACUAAUGGGAAUUCUGACUUUUUGAAGAGUUGGGUUAUAGAAUCUCUUACUGGUAUUUUGAAAUUCUUAAAGCUGGACCACGACGAGAAGUUACGAGUACAAAAGGAAAUAAUGAAGUUUAUGGCUGUUCAGGGUCUGUUCACUGCAUCUCUUGGCACUGAAGUGACUUCAUUUGAGUUGGACGAGAAAUUUAGGUGGCCAAAAUCUCCCACAUCAAACGCUCUUUGCAAGUUGUGUAUUGAACAGCUGCAGUUGUUGUUGGCAAAUGCUCAUAAGGGAGAGGGCUCACGUCCUUCUGCUGAUGUUGUUGAGCCGCCUAAUGAUCUGGGUUCGUACUUCAUGAAAUUCUUCAGCACCUUAUGCAAUAUUCCUUCAGUUUCCCUCUUCAGGUCUUUAGAUGAUGAGGAUGACAAAGCAGUAAAAGAUUUGCAAGCAAUGGAAGCUACAUUAUCCAGAGAGGAAAGGAGCCACGACUGCAGUGAUGAUGUACAUAGAGAUCAUGCACUGAGAUACUUGCUUAUCCAGUUGCUCUUACAAGUCCUUCUUUGUCCAAGGGAGUACUCAGAAGCUGCGUCUGAACUCAUCAUCUGUUGUAAGAAAACAUUUUCUACUUCUGAUAUUCCCGAGUCCUCUGGAGAAGAUGAUAAAGAGGUUGGGGAUGCACCUGAAUUGAUGGAUGUUCUUGUGGAUACAUUGCUCUCUCUACUUCCACAGUCAUCAGCUCCUAUGCGGUCUGCUAUUGACCAGGUGUUCAAAUGCUUUUGCAAUGAUAUCACCGAUGAUGGGCUGAUGCGGAUGUUGCGAGUCAUAAAGAAAAAUUUAAAACCUGCAAGACAUCCAGAUGCGGGAAGUGCAGAUGAAGAUGACGAUGAUGAUGAUGAUGAUGACUUAUUCAAUAUUGAAGAUGAAGAAAUUGAUCAAGCUGAGACUGGUGAAACAGGUGAGAGCGAUGGGCAGACUGAUGACUCUGAGUCUGUAGUUGAGGCAGAUGAAACUGGUCAGGACCACCCUGAAGAUUCUGAUGAUUCAGACAGUGGGAUGGAUGAUGAUGCAAUGUUCAGGAUGGAUACAUAUCUUGCUCAGAUUUUCAAAGAGAAGAAAAAUCAGUCUGGAAGUGAAACUGCUCAUUCCCAACUUUUGUUGUUUAAACUCCGGAUCCUUUCAUUAUUGGAAAUUUUUGUUCAUGAAAAUCCAGGUAAGCCUCAGGUUCUUACUGUGUACUCACAUUUGGCUCGUGCCUUUGUUAACCCACACACUGCUGAAGUUAGUGAGCAGCUCAGUCAGCGUAUAUCGGGAAUAUUGCAGAAGAAAAUAUUGAAAGCAAAGGAUCAUCCAAAGGGUGAUGAAGUCCAAUUAUCGACACUUGAAUCUCUCUUGGAGAGAAAUUUGAAACUAGCAUCAAAACCAUUUAGAAAGCAAAAGUCUGCAACCAAUCCCUUGAAGAAAUCAGCUGCCUUGAACCGAUAUAAAAUGGUUUCUUCCUUUGCCCAAAAUUCAACCUUUUGGAUUUUGAAAAUUGUUGAUUCAAGAAAUUUUGCUGAGUCCGGACUGCAGAGGAUUGUUCAAAUUUUCCAGAAAAUAUUGGUGGAUUAUUUUGACAGUAAGAAGUCUCAAGUAAAAGCUGCAUUUUUAAAAGAAAUAUUUAAAAGAAGACCAUGGAUUGGCCAUGCUGUAUUUGGCUUUAUUUUGGAGAGAUGUGGAAGUGCCAAAUCAGACUUUCGGCGAGUUGAAGCACUUGAAUUGGUGAUGGAAAUAUUGAAGUCACUAGCAACCGAGAGUGGUGAAGGAAAGAAUUCAUCGAAAAAGAUUGUUAAAAGCAAUUUAGAUAAAAUCUCCCAUGCUAUGAAAGAGUUGGUGACAAAUAUGCCGAGCAAACAGGCAAGAAGAGCAGAAGUACGUAAGUUCUGUGUCAAGGUCUUUGAGAUCUUGUCGAAGCACAGCCUGACCAAAUAUCUUCUUAAAACAUUGGCUCCUGAGGCUCAAGCUGCUUUGGAAGCACAACUUGGUGAGAAAUUCCUUUGUUUGAAGAAACUGGAAAAAUGAACCAGGACAUAUAGGGUUGCUGUUAUUACUCGAGCAAAGAGGUAACUAAAUUUUUGUUACUUGUCACCCUUAACAGAACAGCAUUAGUACGAUGUUGUGAUUGAAGCUUCAAAAUUCAUUUAAGGUGGACUUAUUUAUGCCUUUUUGGAAGGUGAAUUUUUGGUAGAACAUUUAAAUUGUAUUUGUGUGAACUUUUGUAUGUUACACUUGUUAACUUUGAGUUUAUUUUUGAAUUACUAGUAAAAGGGUGAACUUUUAUUUUA